CUUCAUUGCCUCACAAUAAUGCUUUGGCUCUAUCUCUUCUAUCCUUCAUUCAUUCAUGAAUUUCUCUCUCUUUUCUUAAUCAUCUCUCCUUUCUUCCAAUCUUAUCUAAUUUUAUCUAAUCAUGUUCCCAAACCCUUACAACCAUGAACAUCUUCCAAAUCCAUCAACAAAAUUUCCAUGUUCAUGACAAUUAAACGGUGAGUUUCCUUGUGCAACACUUUCUUCAAUCUCACUUCUCAUAACAAAUACAAUAAACCAAUAAUAAGAAAAAUAAUAUUUUUUUCUAUUCAAUAUUUAUUGAUCUAUUCUAUGCAUUAUGAAUGUUGUUGACCUUUGUACAUAUAUUUUCCAACAAAAGUUAUGACUUCAAAAUAUUUAAGUUAUAGCACAAUUUCCAACAUAUGUAUUGAUGAAAACAUUAACAUUAAAAUAAAACACUUAAACUACGUUUACUUCACGUCAAUUUUUUUUGAAGGAAAAGUCAAUUGUUCAACAUAGAAUAUCACAAAAGAGAGACUAUGAGAAGAAAAGAAAGUAGGAAAGGAAGCACAAAGAAUUGCUUUCAAAAUGAAAAGUACAAUAACAUCAAAAGAUGAUUCUAUUUCUUUCUCCAAGACUUUUCUUUCAUAUACACAUCGUCUUCUACUUCCUAUAGCUCUUUUACCAAUUGUUCUUCUUUGUUUGUACUUUUACCCUCUCUACCUUUCAAAAUCUCAAACAAAUGAGCUUCACUAUGCCAAUGUUUCUCCUCCUCCUCAUUCAGUAAAUACCAUACACAAAGUUGAUGAUCCUUCAUGUGACUACUCCAAUGGAAAAUGGAUCCAUGACAAAACAGGCCCUUCAUACAAUGGAACAACAUGUGCUACAAUCAAAGAAAGCCAAAACUGUAUCACCAAUGGAAGACCAGACUCAAACUACCUUUACUAUAGAUGGAAACCAACUCAAUGCAAUCUUCCAAGGUUUGAUCCAAACACUUUUCUUCAACUUAGUAAAAACAAACACAUAUCUUUUGUUGGUGAUUCUAUAGCUAGGAACCAAUUUGAGUCCCUUCUUUGCAUGCUAUCGUCUCUUUCCAAACCUAAACCGGUUCAUCAUAAAGGUUCUCAUUGGUGGCAUUUUGAAUCUCAUAAUGCAACUCUUUCGUUAUAUUGGUCACCGUUUCUAGUACAAGGCGAUGCAAGAUCGAAAUUAGGGCCGAGUUUGAACACGAUUCAUUUGGACCGCGUUAACGGGAAAUGGGAGAAGGAUAUGGAUGGAAUGGACUUGAUUUUGAUAUCAUUUGGUAAUUGGUUUAAUGUUCCUUCGGUUUAUUAUGAGAAUGGUUCGAUUAUAGGUUGCUUAAAUUGUUCGGGUUAUGGUCUUAAUUACACCGAUAUUGGAUUUUAUGAUCCAUUAAGAAAGGCUUUAAGGAGAAGUUUGAAAAGGAUAGUUGAGAGGAGAGUUGGUAAAAAGAAUGAAAUUGGUGUGAUUGUUAGAACUUUUUCACCUUCUCAUUUUGAUGGUGAUUGGGAUAAAUCCGGUACAUGUUCAAAGAAAGAACCGUAUGAGAAUGGAGAGAAGGAAAUUGGAGAAAUGGAAAGUGAGAUUAGAAGGAUUGAGAUUGAAGAAGUGGAAAAGGCUAAAGUGAAAGCAAGAGAAUUUGGAGGGGUAAGGUUUGAGAUUUUGGAUGUAACGAAAUUGGCAUUGCUGAGACCAGAUGGUCAUCCUGGUGCUUAUAUGAAUCCUUUUCCGUUUGCAAAUGGUGUUCCGGAGCGCGUGCAGAAUGAUUGUGUUCAUUGGUGUUUGCCAGGGGCUAUAGAUACAUGGAAUGAGAUUUUGGUAGAGAUGAUGAAGAAGUGGGAUUUGGAGGGACAAGAAUGGAGUGAAUUGUGAGAUAUUGUUCUUAUCUUGUUAAUAUAAUGUUUCCAUAGAAAGAUUGUGUUUCAUAUUUGGGAGAGGUUUUUGUUAAUAGUUGCUAGACAAGGAAAAUGUUUCGGAUUUUAAUGUACAUUAUUCUUGUUAGUUAUAAAUUGCAAUUCAUUAAAACGUUUUUUAUA